GAACACUUAUGUAACACCUAGCCGAUAACACCAUCUUCUCGUCAAGAACAAAAUGCAUCCAUAAUCCUAUAAAUGUCGAUCUAAUAUUUAAGUCGGUGCUCACUGUUUUUUCCAAACAACAUCAACAUUUUCUUCAAAAAUAUAUCUCAGUUCCACAAAACAGCUUGCUCAAAAACAGAGUACUUUUAUCAGAUUUACAUCAACGAUACAAGAAACAAUCGAAAUUCAUGUUCAAACAUAUGGAAUAAAACCACUUGAAAUGAAACGAGAUUUAAAAUUAGCAUUAGUCAACUAUGAUUAUGAUUCAGAAAUGCUGCAACGUGAAUACUUCCAAGAGCAGCCGAAUAACUAUCAAGGGAAGAAAAUUUGA